AUGGUUUCAAAGGCAGGGAAAAAUAUUUCUUGUAGCCUAUGCAAACAGAAAGGACACAACAAGACCACUUGCACUCAAGUGCCAAGGCCUCCUAAAACUAAUGUCACAAAGAAACAAAAGAUUAUGCAAACACAAGAGUCAGUGAAUAUGAAAGGGGGUGGAGAAGAUGUUGUUAUGGGUGAUGCAGUUGAGCCACAAGUUAAGGAAGUUGUGAGGGUAAACGAAUCUGAGGAAGUGGUGAGGGUUAAUGAAGUUGAGGAGCUGGGAAGGGUUAAUCAAGUUGUUGGGCAUGUGUAUACUACAAGUCAACCAAGCAAGAGGAAAAAGUCUGAUAGAAUUAUUAAUCUAAAGCUUGCUAAAAAGGUUCAACGUGAAUGUAGUAGUUUUGGAUCGCCAAUGGAGUUAGAUUAA